CACGAUGGCUGCACUACAGAUGCCUUGGCAUCCCAAAAGGAACUCUAGAACAGCUAGGCAUCACAUGGAAAUGUUGCAGCCCCCAAAUGUCACAAAGUAUUAUAAGACUACCUGUGGGUUUUGCCUUGACAACGGAUGAGAUUGCCCAAUUCCAGCCUGGGGGAUGUUGCACUAUGGAUGGAAUUAAUUUUUUCAUUUUCACCCAGUGCAGGUUCAACAGCACAUUAGUGCUGAAUGCUACCACUUCCCAACUGUUCCUCAAUGACAUCUCGUAUGCUGGCCAUGAGGAAGUUCACCGGAGAUGGAACCCUUUCCUUGGUUCCACUGUUGAACAUGUUGUGGUUCCAGUCCUCCAUUCGGAGCACUGGAUCCUUCUACAUUACGCUGUUGGAGAAAGGAUGGUAAAGUGCUAUGAUUCGCUAAACACAGGAAAGGCGGUGAAGACCUCAUACCAACAAUAUAUCUGCAGAUUUGUAAAAUAUUUCAAUGGCAUAAGUAGGACAUUUGGUUUUGAGCCUCUAAAUGAGGUGGGGAUAAGA